AUUAUAGCACUAUGUGUACUCUUCACAUCUACAGUUGUCUCUCAGGAUAGUACUUCCCCGAAUGCACCUUCGCCAGCCCAGGCAUCUCCUGCGUAUCUCUCCGAUAUUCCAAUACCCCAAGGUGUUGUUCUAGAAUACCCGCGUGAUGAAGAUGUCCAGUGGGGAGACCUGCCUCCCAUACCAGACAUUGAUCUGUCCGGAUAUCCUGCCCGCGGUGAACUACCCUCGACAGAUAACCCAGAAGUCCAGAAUGCCAUGAAUUAUAUCGACUGGACCUAUGUUCCUCUGGUAGACCCUCGAGAGGUUGUUAACUGGGUGGUUGACACUUCUCAAUACGACAUUGCUUCAGAUCCAUACUGCUGGUGGUCUGCGUCUAUUUGCAAAAGACCCAAAUUGGAGUAUCUCCCUGAAGAUAUAUACUACUGUCCAAAUGCAGGCGAUUGGGGUCUCAACUAUGAUGAUGGUCCAUUUAAACUUCUCGACCGAGACCAUCCUGACCGCGAAUGGGAACAGCCGCGCUUCUACAAUUCCCUGGUGAAGUACAAUAAGCAAAAGGCAACUUUAUUCUUUGUUGGUGCCAAUGUGGUGUCCUUUCCUGAAGCAGCUCAGCGUGCACUUAACGAUGGCCAUACAAUCUGCUCUCACACCUGGAGCCACCCCUACAUGACUUCUCUCACAAAUGAACAGGUUGUUGCUCAAUUCUAUUGGACCCAAAAGGCAAUCAAACAAGUGCUCGGAAUUACACCUAAAUGUUGGCGACCUCCUUUCGGCGACGUUGAUGAUCGUGUUAGAGCUAUCGCAUGGCAAAUGGGAAUGCGAACUAUUCUCUGGGACCAGGAUUCGAACGAUUGGAACAUGCCCGGUACAGCAGGACUAGGACAUAUCAGCCCUGACACUGUGAAUGGGUUCUUCCAAGCCUGGGUAGAUAAGCGUGUAUCGGGAAAUGACAAUGAGCAUGGCCACAUUACUCUGCAACACGAGAACAGCAAUUCAACUGUAGCCAUGUCAGAAAAAUGGCUUCCUGAACUCCAGUCAGUGUUUAAUGUGAUACCUAUUCAUCAGUGCAUCAACGAUCCAUCUCCAUAUUGGGAAGAAUCAUUUAUCUAUCCUACCCUGGACAAUCCAUUUCCCGACCAACUGGAGCUUUCUGCAAAUAACAACAAUCAAACCAAGACACAAGUUACUCGAGAUCUCUCAGAUGGCCCGAACGCG